AUGAUCGAAGCUGACCCGAUAUUUAUCGACAAAAUUGAUCAGGUGCUUGAUGGUUCUCAAAGUAAGAACAAAUAUGUACACGACUAUGCUGCCAAAGUCGUGCUUGGAAGUUAUCAAGUUCGUGUACAGCACAAACAAAUGGGUGAAAUAUACGAUACAGACGAAUUAGAUCAACAAAUAAGAACCAAUAUCAAAGCGAACUCCAAUGAAGUGGGAGCCGGUUUUGGUCUGGAACGAAAUAAAAAAAAGGCACGAACAAGACGGAAAAUCAAUAAUAACACGCUUAUUGAUCGUUCAACAACAGAUGGUGAUGCUCUCACAAAUGAUCUGAAUAAAUGGCUUGAAGCAUUAAAAAAUACAAAUACAUGA